AUGGCAAACUGGAUAGUCAAGUUUGAAAAGCCGGUUGGAGACCUUGCCCGAAUACAUGAGGAAUAUUUUAAGGGAAGAAAUGUUCUGAACCUAUACACAAAGAAGGAGCUUGAGGAUUGGGGAAGAUGUGUUGAUCUUUACCUCCUACUUGAUCUAGACAUGUAUAGGGAGAAGGCCAUUCCUCCGCAUAUUCUUGAUUACGUGCUGAAAGCAAAGAUGUAUGAGUAUCACCCGGAUGUGACCAAGGGGUGUAGAGAGGUAUUUCUUCUGGUGAAGAUAGCAGGAGACGUUUUCCGAAACCGGAAGCUUAGGCUAUUCUACGACUCGAGUUUUUUUGACGAAAGCAUUCCAGACGAUAAGAUUUACCAGGAGGACGAGUUUUUCGAUGUGUUUGGGGAAUGUUUUCAAAGAAACGCCAAGUUCAGUAUGAAGCAGCCUGUUCCUCUGAUGGAUAGAAAUGAGGAUUCUAAAAAGACUGAAGAGUUCUAUGAGUUUUGGAGCAACUUCAAGUCCUGGAGAACCUUUGAGCCAGUGAAGGAGCUCUACAACAUGGGAGAGAACGAUAGACAGCAAUACUCUAUAAAGAACAAAGAGAAACUAGGAGCUCUGAAGAACCAAGAUGCCCUUAGAAUCAAGAGGCUUGUGCAGAUUGCCAAGAAAAGAGAUCCUAGGGUGGGUAAGAGUAUUGAGAAGCAGAUGGAGGAGAUGAUGAAGAUAAAAAGCUGGACUCCUUUGGAGAUUUCGACACUAUCGAGGCUGAUUUCCUUGUUCGGAAAGUCGAAGAAGAACAAGUGGGAAGUGAUUACCGAGAAACUAUUUGAGAUAACGAAGAUUAGGCGCAGUGUCAAAGAGGUAAUGGAAAAGGGACAGACCAUAGAAAGAAGAUGA